AUGCCAACAGCGAAAGUUCCAGUGGAGAAGGCAUCCACAAAAUCGCCAUUAGAACGCAAAAGAUUGAACAAGGAUGCAGCAUCUGUCAAGGAAGAGAGUUUACAGAUGGAGAAGACUGUUUCAGACAGUUUUUGGCGUCAUAUAACUAUUUCAUCAAUUUUUGAGGUCUACUGCGCCGGGCACGUACCAACUCCUGGACCACACGAUCCGAUUCCACAUCGAUCCAAUUUGUUAUACAGUCCGAAAACAAAAGGCGAAUAUCCAUACAAUUUGAUGAGGCCUAGCGGGCCAUGA